AACGGACAGAAUGGAUUGCACGAGUUUUACUCUCGUCGCGGGGGCGUUAAGUUUGCUGAUUUUCUACCUGAUAAAUAAAUACAGUUAUUGGAAGAAGCAUGGAAUUCCGGUCGCGAAAGGAUUCAUACCGUUACUGGGUCAUUUGUUGCCGGUAAUAACGCUCAAGUGUAGUAUGUCGGAGUGGAUUCGCAAGAUGUACAAUGACUCUAAAAAUUGCAGCAUGGUUGGAUUCUACAAACUAACAAAACCGGUGCUAAUGGUUCGUGAGCCGCAAUUAACCAAAACUAUUCUGCAGACCAAUUUCGGGAGCUUCCAUCAGAACGGGUGGGCGAUCGACCCCGAGUUGGAUCCUCUGCUAAGCAAGAACCCGUUUUUCUGUUAUGGUGACAUGUGGUCGUUUGGAAGAAAACGUAUAACGUACGCGUUCUCCAGCAUGAGAUUGAAAGUCCUUUUCGAGGCUCUGAACGGAGUGUGCAAGAAACUGGAGGAUUUUCUGGAGAGACGUUUAAAGUCGAACAACACCUACGAAGUCGAACUGAAGUCUUUGUUUUCAAGAUUCACGGGCGAAGUUGUGGCGAACGCUGGUUUCGGCAUGGAGGGUUUCUGCUUCGAGGACAAACCGCACCCCGAAUCGUUCGAUCGAAUCGGUACAUCGAUAUUGGAGCCGACUUUACUAAACGCAAUUGCAAAUACUAUUAUUUUCUUCGUACCUUCGCUCAGUAAAAUAUUGAGGAUAUCCUUUCUGCCGAAGAGGGUGGACAAAUGGAUAAGGCGAGUCGUCUCAGAAAAUUUGGAACUCAGACUAAAAUCAGCAACACCGAGGAACGAUUUCCUCCAAGUGAUGAUCAACCUCGAAAAGGCUGAAGGAGAAGCAUUGGACGAAGAAGUUCUCGCGAGCGAUUCCCUUUCUUUCUUCCUGGAUGGUUUCGAAACGUCCAGCAUCACGCUCAGCUUCGUUGUAUAUCAACUGGCGGCUCAUCAGGACGUUCAGCAGAGAUUAAGGGAAGAAGUUCUAUCUAUAAUUGCCAAACACGAUGGUACGUUGACGUACGACGCUCUGAAGGAGAUGACUUACAUGGAUCAAGUGAUCAACGAGUCGCAAAGAAUUUAUCCAGCCGCUGGUGUUUUGACCAAGAAAUGCACGGAAGAAUUUGAACUCCAAGGUUCGGAUGGACUGUGUUGUCGAGUAGAACCUGGAACAGAGAUCCACUUACCUCUCGCUGCCUUGCAAGUAGAUCCCAAAUACUGGCCAGAUCCAGAAGUUUUCGAUCCAGACCGAUUCGACAACGACAGGAAGCAGAACAUCGAGAAAAUGACAUUCUUUCCUUUCGGGGAAGGUCCAAGAAUGUGCGUCGGCAUGAAAAUAGCACUUCUACAAAUGAAAGCUUGUUUGGUAACUUUGAUGCGAGGCUACAAACUCGAACUAUCGCCAAAGAUGCAAUUACCUUUAAAAUUAUCUGCUUCUCAUUUCUUGGCUGCUGCAGUCGGUGGCUUGUGGGCGAAUAUUUCAAAGAUUUAAGAGGUGUCUGCUUAGGUAUCUGUGGAAAUAAAACUUCUGUUGCAAUAACAUUCAUUUUACGAUGUGCAUUAUAUCAAACAACAUUCGUGCAAUAUAUUCAGAAUAUCAAUGUAUGUUUAAAUGUAAUCAAUCCAGCAGUUGUCUAAUAAAUUAAUAUUUGCAUGUA